UAGGGGUGUUUAAUGAGAGCGCUUUUUGUCAAAAGCGCUGGUAUAGCCCAGGCUAUGAGAGCGCUUUCCAGAAGCGCUUUAGUAGCCUUAUUACUAAAAUUAAAACCAAAAACACGCUUCUACUGUUUCUCACUUUCUCUCUUUCUUUUUCUCUCUGCACGCGAACCAGAAACCCCACCCCUCACCGUCGUCGGUCCUCCGUCAACCUUAUCGGUCCUCCGUCCACCACCAUCGCGCGAACUUCUUCUCCUCCGUCCACCACCAUCGUUUCGUCUCCGUCUCUUCUCCUCUGGUAGCAACUUGCUUUGCGCCACCCAGGAUGGUGCUUUACGGGAAAUCGAUAUGGAUGAAAGUGUCUUCGGUAUUGAGUUCAAGUCACAUAUUACAAUUGACGACUUGCAAGAGAUUUUUGACCAGGAUCAACUAGGCGUCAGUAAUAUGCAAUCAUACAUCCGGUUGUUGUAUGACAGAGUGUUGCGCGGGACUGCAUUGUCUAACAGAUUCCGGUUCGUGUCUUCCGCCCAUUGCAGCGGAAUGGAAAUUGUUUCGGAUCCGGAAUCUGUUAGACAGCGCUUAGUCGAUAGAUUCAUGUCCACCGGCAAUACAGAAUGUCUGCAUCUUUGGGCGUAUAAUACCCGACCAGUAGGAGCACACUGGUUGCUGCUUGCUAUCAACCCGAUAAGGGAAGUCGUGUAUUAUCUGAAUUCGGUAAAGGGUGAAUGGACCAAUUAUCCGGCCAUGAAGGAAAUCGUUGAUUUAUCAAUACAAGUAUUCCGUAGUCAACGGGACGCACAGGUAUCCCGGACUAAAUCAAACAACAUCACCUGGAUCGAAGUGCAGUGUCCGAUACAGCGUAACAGUUCAGACUGCGGAUACUUUGUAUUGAGGUUUAUGAAAGAAAUCAUUCAGGCGAAUCAAUUAGAGAUUCCUCCCACGUACCUUGACGAAUUCCGUGCUGCUGGGUACUCGAAGCUAAAGUUAGAAGAAAUCAAAGAGGAAUUGUGUCAAUUUUAUAUUAAGCAAUUUUUCAUGCAGAUUUGAACUAUAAUAUUGUUGAUUUUGUAAUGAUGUAUAUAUAUAAUUUUGUAAUGAUGUAUAUAUAUAAUUUUGGAUAUU